CUCUGCUAUUAGAGAAAAGAGACAGAGAGUUCCCUGACAGAGGCUCAGAGACAAUUCCACAGAGGUGAACAAACAAAAGGAACAAUGGCAAGAAGAAUGGCACUGUCCACUUCUACAGGCAACAGCAUUUACUUGGAGGAAAUCAUAGAUUACUUUACUGUUUUGGAUGUCGUUUAUCCAAAUCAGUUUGAAGAACACACCAUAGACAAAGAAACUGUUCAGCAGACAGAGGAGAGUUUUUUCAGAGGAGCACCCCCUGAAUGGCUAAACUUUCACAUUAGUGAACUGUCUUACUCAAGCGGCACUGGUUUGUCAUUAAUCAAAAGAGAUGGAUAUAAUAGACUUGUGCAGCAGGUACAUAAACGGAGGAACCAAUCUGGAACUUCAGCAGUUAAACUGUUCCACCAGCAAGGAUGUGGGGGGACCACGCUGGCCAUGCAGGUGUUGUGGGACAUGAGAAAAACCUUCAGAUGUGCUGUUUUAACAGGUUCCCCCUUAGAGAGCUCAAAGAUAGCGAGAGAGGUGGUUCAUCUUUACAUUGGAGGAAGCAAAUAUGAACUCAACACUGUGCUGCUUUUAAUUAAUGAUGAAUUCAAUUUGGAGCAACUUCAAGACAGCAUAAUGGCAGAGAUUGUAGGACAGGAGAUCGAUGUUGACAUACCUGUGGUGAUUUUAUUCAACUGUGUGAGAAGUGACUAUGCCAUCCUCAAAGCAGAAUAUUACAGAGAAAAAGAAGGGUUAAAGGAUCGUGACAGCGACUAUGUUAUCCUCAAAAGAAGUCUCUCACACAAUGAACAGAAAGAACUGGACUCCAAAAAGGAGGACCUCCACCGGAUUUAUGGGGCUAAAGCCUCCCAGUUCCAUGGUUUCAACAUAUUACAAACUAAUUUCUCACAUAAUUAUAUCCAGGAAGUGUGUGCUGUCUUUAGCACCAUUGAAAGGAAACAUAAACCCUUGAAGACCCAGCUGGCGUCAUUCCUUUCAUUGCUGAAUGCCUAUGUACCAGGUUCAUAUCUGGUGGAGUCUGAGUGCUUAGACUUCCUCAGACACAACGACUCACUGCCAGAUGACAUUUCAUUGAUGACCCUAAUGCAACCUUUUAGCCAUCUCAUUCUCUCUUUCCAAAAUGACAAAAGGAGUGAUAAGAAAAUCAGGAUGGCUCACCCAAUGAUCGCAAAGCACUGCACUGAACUUAUGGCCAAUGCAGGAGUAGCCAGAAGUGACACAAUAAGAAACUUUUUGAACGGUUUUUGCACAGAUGACGUUUCUCCAUAUUUGCUUGGGUUCAUCAAAGAUUUGCUGACCAAACGAGAAAACAAAAAAGAUGGAAUGGUUGAAGAUUUGGAAAAGUUUUCUAAUCUGAUUUUAGAGAUCAGCAAGAUGGAAGACAAAAAUCAGAGUGCAUCAGUCCUAAAGGUUGCAUCAAACAAGUUUGAUAAGAACUCUUUUUUCCCCCAGGCACUUGCCAGAUUUUGUUAUGGAGAACUUAAAGACUACAAGGAGGGAGAAAUUUGGGCAAAGAAGGCAAUAGAACGUGAGCCCAAGAAAUCUUUUAUUGCUGACACACUGGGCCAAGUUCAUAAAAAUCAUCUAAGAGAGAAGAAGCUGUUAAUGGAGCCAAGAGAACUAUUGCAGUUGGCCCAGAAGGCCAUCAAAGCUUUUGAGCAUGAAGAACAGCUUGCAGAAGAGGAGCAUAGAAGGAACAUGCCAGAAGAUGAUAAAUCCAAAGUGCUAUGGGGUUUAAAUACCAGAGGGCAGUUUGGUUUCCUACAGGUCUGUAACAUUCUGUUUGACAGCCUGGUCCGCCAAAAUCAAGACUGGGAGGCAGUGCUAACAAAGAAUGUGUCCAUGGGCUUGGUGUUGAAUUCACUUGGCGACAACAAACUCUUUAGAUUCAGAUAUCUAAUAGAGAAUCUGAGGGAGAAUGUUGAAAAAAAAUUUGAAUUUUUUGACAACUUCCUCACUUACUCACAGUCUGUUUCUAGAAAUGACAAGGCUUAUGUUUCUAAACAAGCUGCGGAAUGCUACAAAAAGUAUGUUGGCAAUUCCAUCCCUAAACACGAUGACAGAGACCACCAGACCUUUCAAAAACUCAAACAAAAACUGGCCUUCAACACUGCUGGGGUUCUCUCAUGUCUUGACAGAACCUGUACAUCAGACAUUGAGCACAUCGUAGAUUUGUGGAAGGGAAUCCACCAAAGAAAAUGUUCUAAUACACAUGCAUUGGUCAACUUUAUCUUUGCCCAGAUGAUGCUUUCAAACAAAAACAGAGCUACAUUCAAUUAUGAUUAUAAAGACACUAUUAAAGAAAGAAAGCCACCAUCCUCUGCCACACAAGCAGAGUAUUACAUUUUAUGCUUGCUUCUGUUUUGGCCUGCAGAUAAUGAGGACAAACCAGUCUCUGAUCUCAAUCAGUUAAUCAAGCAUGCAAGUAAUGCUUAUGAUCGAGAAUACAAGACCAUGUUUAGCUCAAGAUACCUACGACCCCUGUUUUUUAUUGGGCCAGGCAAAGGCUUAAGCCGAUUCGUUCAACGCCGGGAACUUGAGAUUGUGUGGACUAAAGAUGCACUUCAAGAGUCAAACAUAAACUGGAGGAAUGAGAGCAUCUUCAGAGAUCAAACAGUUGAAGAACGGCUUCUCAAAUUUGAAGGAGUUGUGCAUGACUACCGAGUCUAUGCAAAACUCAGAGGUACUGAAGUUGAACUCGAGGCCAACCGAAAAGAUAGCCUAUGCAGAUCAGGACAGGUUUACUUUCACCUCGGAUUUACCAUCAGAGGUCCGGUAGCCUUCAGAAUUCAGAGGAGAUUACCAGUUACUAAGGGGGAUCUCAAAAUCAAAACUCCUGACAACAUACAUGACAGCAGCAGAAUCACUGAAACAGGACUGAAUCUAGGCACAGAUAUGGCCUAGUCAAAGCCCAGAAAUGAACCUGACACCAGUGCUGUGGGGAGAACGUAUAUAUUCUGGGGAUGAACAGAUGUUGGAAAGAAGAUGAGCCUCAUUUAUGCACUACUAUAGAUGACUCUGUGAUACUGUCUUUAUAUGUUUUUUUAGGUUUUUACACACUGUUCUUUACAAUGCAAGUGUAAGACUGGGUUUUAUGACUGGAAAUACACACACAUAUAUAUAUAUAUAGCAACAAGAAACAAGUGGUACAUUUCAUCACAAGUAUUAACUGCUCGCACUUGCUUUGUUGAGCUGUGUCUUUUUUAUUCUUCUUUAUCAAUUAAAAGUGCAAGACAGCUGUAAUGUUUAGAGGGUCCCCAUGAACGCUUACUGUAUUCUUUUUCACUUACUCAGCUUUAAGCUACGUACAUUAAUCUCAUAAAACUUG